AGAGGAAGCAGUGGAGAAGAAGUAAAAAACAAUCCCUGGCAAAACACGCCAACCCAAAGCGACUUUGUUGCUGCGGUUUUCAGUUGCCAGCGCGAUUUUGAAUGGGUUGUACGCGCGGCGAGUACUCGAAAAUAUUUUAAAUCCAAUAGAAAUUCCAAAGGAAUAAAGAUAAUAUAUAAAAAACAGUCAUCGUGCGUGUGCAAUAUUUUGAAAAUAUAUCUUAAUAACAAAUUUCUAAGUGCGAAACAGUUUUUCUGAAUUUUCCGAUUUUUGUUUUAUUUUUACAAUGUGUGUGUGGGGUACGCGGCCAAAUGAAAAUUGUGUGCAAUAAGCGGCGAAUACAGGCCAGCAGCAGCAGCAGCAGCAGCAACCACAAUAACAACCACAUCGGCAGUAGCAAUUGCAGCAAUCUACAUGCGGCCGUCUAACUGUAAAAUACUUGGCAACGGUCACCAGGAAAAUCAUAGCAACAAGUGGAACGCACAGCAGCAAAAUCAUUAGCCGGCAUUUGAUUGCAUCAACCUAUAGCCAUAAGAGAUAUAGGCAUUUGAUAUCGUGAUUUGAAAUCAGAUAUAGACAAACAAAUGCUGUAGAACCAUGGCGGCAAUCACUAGCAAUAUGUCGCGAUUGGAGCCAAUGCGCGGUAUUUCCAUAAUCAUUGAAUCACCAGAAGUGGCAACGGCAACAAUAGCAACAACAGCAACACCAGCAAGCCAAGUAACUCAAGAAACCCAAACAACAUCAGCAACACAAGUAGUAGCACCAGCAAUUGCCAAGAGCAAUAGCAACACUGAAAUGUCGCUCAAGUCCCAGGCUGGCAUGUUGCUGGCAUUUGGCGACACAGCAGCAACAACCAAAGAUAAUUUGGAAACUAGUUACGACACAGCAGCAACAUCAGCAACAACAACAACAACAACAACAACUGAAGCACCAGCAACACCAGCGACCACCAAAAUCUAUCCACAAUUGCUGCUUCGGAUUGGAGGAGAAAUUGCCGGUGCACCAGCCACAGCAAUAGCUACAGCAGCAGCAGCAGCAUCACCGACCAUAAUCUGUUGCAAUGGUGAAAUUGCUGGCAGUCAGUCAACAGCAACAGCAGCGGACACAGCAGCAACAUUGCAACAUAAUAAUAAUAAUAAUACAGUGAAGAUUCAGAUCGAAAGCCAGGGUCAACCGCGGAUUCUGGGCAAACAGAUUAGUGUGGUGAAACUGAACGAGGGCGUGGGGGAGAUGCAUGAGCAGCAGCAGCAGCAGCAGCAAAAUUUGUGCUAUCUGGUGGACACCAGUGGUCAGUACUCGCCAUGCGAGACAUUGGACAGUGGCACGGGCAGCGAUUUGGAGGGUCACCAACAGCAGACGGUGAGGUCACCGCAGCUGGAGUUACAUUUACAAACAACGCGACUGAAGGUUAAGGAAGAGGAUGAUAGCUUUAACCAUAAUCACAGCCCACUGGUAAACCCAAACCCCACACCUCAUCGGGCCUACAGCCUCACCGAUGACAGCGAGGAGUGCGAUGAGAGUAGCAACUCAUCGCUGAGCUGCGAUUCUCUGCACUCUGGUGGUCUACUACCCACAUCUUUGCUUAGAGAUAUUCGACUUAGGGAAAGGGAUCCUGGUCCCUUGGUCACAAAAAUUGAUGGCAGACCGCUGCAAUACGAGGCGGAUGGUUAUUAUAACUUUCAUGUCAACGAACACGAUAAUUUCCGGAGUUUUGGUUCAAAUUCGUCGACGGAAUCUUAUCCGGAGGAACAGGAUCAUGAUGGAGACUUUGUCGGCUUUCGGGAUGUCCGGAUAAAGGGCAAACGUUCAGCUAACUCAACGAUUAAAUCCGCCAAAGGAACCGUCAGGGGCGUCAAGAAUCGUGUGCGCAAUGGAGUAGCCACCUUCUUGCAGCUGCAACAGCCUAAUUUCAAGAACUACAUGGAAAAGGACUUGGGCAAGGUGGUUUUGUACACCACCAGCAUGGGAAUAAUCAGGGACACUUAUGCCAAAUGCGCCAAUGUCAAACAGAUCCUGCGUACAUUGCUAAUUAAAUUCGAGGAACGGGAUGUUUUCAUGAGCGUGGAAUACCAGCAGGAAAUACGAGAGCGGAUGCACGACGAGACCAUCCGGGUGCCACAACUCUUCGUCGAGGGUCAGCACAUCGGGGAUGCCGAAAUUGUAGAACGACUGAAUGAAAGUGGCGAAUUGCGACAAUUAUUAAAGCCGUAUAAAUCGAUUUCCACUGCAUAUACGUGCCAGACGUGCGGCGGAUACCGGCUGCUGCCAUGUCCUUCGUGCAGCGGAUCGAAGAAGUCGGUGCACCGGAACCACUUUACGGCGGAGUUUGUAGCAUUAAAGUGCAUGAACUGCGACGAAGUCGGGCUGGUCAAGUGCCCCAACUGCUGAAGAAGACGCAUCUCCCGUUUUUCUAUCUGUAGUGCUUUUUUUUUUUAUAUCUAUAUUGAAGAGAUUUUUUUUUUGCGCAAUUCUUGUAGUCGCUUAUUAUUAACAGUUGUGAUAUUUGACAGAGCAGUUUGGUAGCCAGAAACGAAUGGCCCGAACGAUAGCAAAACAGAAAAGGAAUCGAAUGGAAAUGACACACAUACACACACACACACCCACACAACACAAACACACACACAAAAUCGAAACAACCUAUUCAUAUGUGAAUCGAAGAGAUAUUAAAUAAAAUCUAAACUAAA